AUGAAGGGCCCCGGCCGGGCCCGCUCCCUGGACGAGGAGGAGCACGAAGGCGAAGGUGAUGGCGAGGGCGAGGCCGAGGCCGAGGAGGAGGCGGAGAACUACCCGGGCGAGUCCGAGCACCCUUCGCAGCCCGAGGGCGAAGAGGAGGAGGAGGAAGGUUCAGAAAUGAAAGUAGUUAAAGAAGUAGAAUUUGGAAUGUGCACUGUUACAUGUGGUGUUGGUAUUAGAGAAGUUAUGUUAACAAAUGGAUGCCCUGGAGGUGAAUCUAAGUGCAUUGUACGGGUGGAAGAAUGUCGUGGACCAGUAGACUGUGGCUGGGGUAAACCAAUAUCAGAAAGUCUUGACAGUGUGAAACUGGCCUGUGUUCAUACAGCUCCUGAAAAUCGUUUCAAAUAUAUUUGGAAAAUUCUAAGGCCAGAGCAACAACCCGUUGUACUUGCAAAUGAUUCAGCAAUCCUAGAAGUAAGCAGGCCAAUUCACCCCUUGGAUUAUGAGUGCGAUACCUUCGAGAAUAAUGAAAUAGUAGCAUCUCUUAGAUUCACAGUCUAUACCUCAAAUGAAUUGCAGAUGAAAAGAUCAAAAGGACCGGACACUGAUGCAGUGCUGGUUUUUGUGCUGACCAUAGGAGUUGUGAUGUGUAUAUUUGUGAUCUUUGUGCUGAUCUUCAUAAUUAUAAACUGGGCGGCAGUAAAGACUUUCUGGGAAGGAAAAGUCUCAGGGACUGAGGUACGUUCUGAGCAGACUUCAGUGAAAGGCAAAGGGUCAGCUUCUCUUGAACGAUCACCAACAGGAAUGCAUGGACGUGAAGAUGAUGCCCUGAGCGAGUGGAAUGAUUAAUGUGUAACAAGCCAAAG